UUUAUGUUCGGUAUCGACGAUUCGUGACAUUAACGCUACAUUUCUGAGAAUUUAUCCAGAGUAUGUUUGUACAGUAUGGUACGUAGGGUCCGUGCGCUGUCACCAGCAGGUGUCAUGCGUUAUCCUUAUUUUUCCCUUUAAGUUGUUCUGUCCUCUGUUUCCACUAAAGUUUUGUACAGCUUGCUAACAUUGAGUAAAGAUGGCGGACAGCUCAGACCGUAGUCCCCCUCCUUUCCCCGAAUCCGUAGCCCACGAGCCGAACGCCGGGGGUGAAGACGAAGAAAGCGAUGAAGAGGAUAUCUUCAACGGCAGUAGUGAUCCGGUAGAAACCAAGACAGAGGCCCAGAUGCCACCAGCUACUAUUUUAACUGGACCGCCAUCUGAACCAUUGAUUGAUAUUUCCAGCGAACCACCAACUGAUAUCUUCAGUGAACCAUUGCUUGACAUCCCCAGCAACCCAUUAGCUGAUCUCUCUAGUAAAACACCAUCUGAUGACUCCAGAGAACCAUUGGCUGAUGUAUCAAGCGAUCCAUUGGUUGAUAUCUCAAGCGAUCCAUUGGCUGAUAUUACAGCUGAACCAUUAGCUGAUAUCAGCAGUGAACCAGUGGCUGAUGUUGGCAACGAAGCAUCAGCUGAUCUCAGCACUGAACAAUUGCCUGUUGUCACCAGCAACAUGCUGGCUGACAUCAUCAGUGAGCCAUUGGCUGAGAUCGCCAGCGAGCCAUUGACCGAGAUUGCCAGCAAGCCAUUGGCUGAUGUUGCCGCCAAAACAUUGGCAGAGAUCAUUGAUGAGCCAUUGGCAGAGAUCGCCAAUGAGCCAUUGGCCGAGAUCGCCAGCGAGCCAUUGGCCGAGAUCGCCAGCGAGCCAUUGGCCGAGAUCGCCAGCGAGCCAUUGGCCGAGAACGCCAGCGAGCCAUUGGCCGAGAUCGCCAGCGAGCCAUUGGCCGAGAUCGCCAGCGAGCCAUUGGCCGAGAUCGCCAGCGAGCCAUUGGCCGAGAUCGCCAGCGAGCCAUUGGCCGAGAUCGCCAGCGAGCCAUUGGCUGAGAUCGCCAGCGAGAUUGCAAGUGACUCAUUAGCAGAGAUCAUUGAUGAGCCACUGGCUGAGAUUGUCAGUGAACCCUUGCCCGAUACAUCUAGUGAAGAAUUUGUUGUUGUUUCUAGCGAACCAUCAGCUGAUAUCACAAACGAGACACUUGCUGAUAUCUCCAGUGAAGCACCUGCGGGUAUUACCAGUGAACCAUCAGUUGAUAUCUUCACCAAGCCUCAAGAUGAUGUCUUUAGCAAACCAUUGGAUGAUAUCCCUAAUGAUUCAGUGUCUGAUAUCCCAUGUGAACCUCCAACAGACAUUUUUAGUGAUCCAUUAGCUGAUAUCACCAAUGAAUUGGUGGAUGAUGCCUCCAGUGAAUCACCAGCUGAUACCACCAAUGAACCACCAGCUGACACCUUCAGUGAACCAUUAAGUGAUAUCCUCAGCAAACCAGCUGAUAUCUCCAGAGAGCCACCAGCUGACAUCUUUAGUGAUCCAUUGGCUGAUAUCUUCAGUGAAUCAGUGGCUGAUACACGCAGCGAUCCAACAGCUGAUGUCCCCAGUGAACCACCAGCUGAAAUCUUUAGUGAUCCAUUGGCUGAUAUCCUCAGUGAAUCAGUGGCUGAAACGCUCAGUGAUCCAACAGCUGAUGUCCCCAGUGAACCACAAGCUGACAUCUUUAGUGAUCCGUUGACUGAUGCUCCCAGCAAACCACCAGCUGACAUUUUUAGUGAUCCAUUAGCUGGUGAUAUUUUCAGUGAGAAGCUUGCAGAUAUCCCCAACCAACCAGCUGCAGAUACCCCCAACAAACCAGGAUCUGAUAUUCUCAGCCAAACACCUGCUGAUAUCCUUAGUGUACCACCAGGUGAUAUUUUCAGUGAACAGCCAGCUGAUAUAUUCACAGAAGAGGGGACUAUCACCACCAGCUGUGUACCCAGUGUCAAUUCCAAGACAAAUGGUGUACAAUCUGAGGAUGAAGAGCAGGAUUUAUUUGCAGAGGCCACAGUAGAGUUGUCCCUGGACAGCCCGCAUAAUGACCGGAAGAAGCAAGAAUCCUCCAAGCCCCCUGUGAUGGCAGAGGCUGUCUCUGCCCCGCCCACAGCAGCCAAAAAGGAGCCCAAGACCCUGGAGGAGAUGGAAGAGGAGGAAAGCGAGGACAAAUUUGAGCUGAAUAUUUCUGUCACCAACCCUGAGAAAGUCGGGGAUGGCAUGAAUGCUUAUAUGGCCUACAAGGUCUCCACACAGACCACAAUGCCCAUGUUCAAGAGUAAGACAUUUACAGUGAGGAGGAGGUUCAGUGACUUCCUGGGAUUGCAUGAGAAGCUCAAUGAUAAGCACUGUCAGAAUGGCUACAUUGUGCCCCCGCCUCCAGAGAAGAGCAUUCUUGGGAUGACCAAGGUGAAAGUAGGCAAGGAGGAUUCCUCUUCAGCAGAGUUUGUAGAGAGGAGGAGGGCUGCCCUGGAGAGGUUCCUCCAGAGAGUGGUCAGUCACCCCUCACUCAUACAAGACCCUGAUGUCCGGGAGUUCCUUGAAAAGGAUGAGUUGCCACGGGCAGUGAGCACUCAUACUCUGAGUGGUGCCGGGUUCCUGAAGAUGAUAUCCCGGGCCACAGAGGCAGUCAGCAAGAUGACCAUUAAGAUGAAUGAGACAGAUGUCUGGUUUGAGGAGAAGAUCCAGCAGGUUGAAUCUGAGGACCUGCAGUUGAGAAAACUGCAUGCUAUGGUAGAAUCCCUGGUCAACCACAGAAAGGAACUGUCAGCGAACACGGCACUCUUUGCAAAGAGCGUGGCGAUGCUGGGGAACUCUGAGGACAACACGGCGCUGUCGCGGGCACUGUCCCAGCUGGCUGAGGUGGAGGAGCGCAUCGAGCAGCUGCACCAAGAGCAGGCUGGAAGCGAUUUCUUUAUCUUCGCCGAACUGCUGGCUGACUACAUCCGUCUGCUGGGGGUUGUCCGGGGCUGCUUUGAUCAGCGGAUGAAGACAUGGCAGCGUUGGCAGGAUGCUCAGAACACCCUGCAGAAGAAACGGGAAAUUGAGGCCAAACUGCUGUGGGCCAACAAGCCUGAGAAACUCCAGCAGGCCAAGGACGAGAUCGCCGAGUGGGAGGCCAAAGUCACUCAGUAUGAGCGAGACUUCGAGAGAAUUUCUGCAACCAUUCGGAAGGAGUUUCUCCGGUUUGAGAAGGAGAAGGCCAGGGACUUCAAGAACCAGAUACUGAAAUAUUUGGAAUCCCUUCUGAAUUCACAGCAACAGCUGAUUAAGUACUGGGAGGCCUUCUUGCCUGAAGCAAAAGCCAUUGCCUAAUGAAUGGCACCAGCUGCGAAAGGCUAAUCCCUCAUUAUCCAUUUUACCUCUCGAUAUUAAACCAAGAUGAUAUGUAAAGGGAAAGGAAACAAAUUGAAUUUUUUAAUUGUGAUAAACAUGUAGCUUUUCAACUUUACUAUUGUUUUAGUAAUUGUAUGUUUUUUCUUUUAACUUCUACAUAUAUAUUCCUAAUGAUGACAAACUAUCUCUAUAACAGAAAUGAAAGACGGUGACAGAGUCUGUCCUUUUUUAUGUAUGAGAAUGUUUUUAUUAGGGAAAAGAAUGGUAGUGCCAUUACAAAAUAAACACUGACAGUGCCUUUAAGGAAACUGGCCUUGGGCUUUGAAACUACAGCAGCAGCAAUGUGACUGGCUGAGCAGAUUUUAAACAGACCAAUGAUGCAGCACACUAAUAGUAGAGGGCGCUCCUCAGUGAUAUGAAUUUACAGCCACUCCACUGUUCGUUGAAUAUAGCAUUAGUGUCAGAAGUGCAAGGAAUAAUGUGAAUGUUAAUGCGAGCAAGCAUUAAUCCAACAGUGGGGAGUAAUGUGUGUAGGGACCACAUUGAUCUUGUAAAAGAAAAUAUUUCCUCAGAGCCAUUUCACACAUUUCUGUGUCAUGGUCAUGCUAACAUUUAGACAGAGGAAGAGACUGAACUUGGUUUUAUUGUGGCUGGUUCCCUUUUUUAAAUAGGUGAUUUUGAAUGAUGACUUAAUUAAAUACUAAAUUGCUGGACCUCAUGGAUUCGUGAAGAGGACGUCUAUGCUAUAAUAAUGGAGGGUUGAAAUUACAGAGAUAUAAUCAGUGUUGUUGUUAUUAUUAAUCACAGUAUAUUAAUAAUCCUGUAUUCAGUAGUUCAGGUCUAACUGCAGGUGUCAGGGACUCAAGACAGUUUGUUUGAAAUAUAUAUGUGCACUGAAAAGUGUACUGAGGAGUGCACAUACUACUAAUGGCUCAUUGAAUUUAUAGACCUUUGCAUGGUGGGCAGGUGAUGUUACACGAUGACUUACUGGGAGCCAGUUUGUCUGUCUUUGCAGACCCGCUGCUUUGCAGAAGACCAAAUGCAAACUCUUUUCUCUUCGCAUCUUCUCAACUGUAUCAGUGCCAAAAAGCUUCCAUGUUAAAUGUUGCUCCUUUUUGCUGAACUGGACCUUUCACUGCUGUGGACUGAGCACAGACUCAGCUGCACCCUUCUUUUCUGUCUUGAUACGGUGAAAAGCCAUGUCUUUGUGUCCAGCCACACAUCCAUCUCACCCUACGAUCACACACCCAUCAUUCACACACAUCACCUGUCAGUCACACAUAUCUAUUGCCAGUCACAUAUCACCUGUCAGUUCAUUUACUUCUAACGAGAAUAUUUGUCCCCUCAUGAGUGUCUGCAGGUGGACGUAAAAACAUGCAGGGGUUUAUGUGUGUACUUCAUGUGUUCUUUUUCUUAUUCCACAUGUUCACAUUUUUUCAAGGCAUAUAUAAUUUUAUUUUGAUGCAUGUUUUGAGAUUUCACACUUUACUUUGUUUUGAAUAACACAUUUGACAUGCAUGUGAGUAGUAUUUGAGGCUGAAAGCGUAUUUUUUGUUGCCCAUCUUCUUCCUUCAUCAUUCUUCCUGUUUUAGUCAAGCAUUUUUAAAGUGUUGCAAUCCAAACCUGUCAAGCCCAUUUAGAUGCCUU